AUGAGGUUUCUGGCAGCCCUGUCUUCAGCAGCCCUUAUGGCAAGCUAUACUUCAGCGCAGUCUACACCUUACGAACACACAUUGCUAUUUCCGCAGGCGAACUUUCAUGGUACUGAUGGCACUGUUGUCACUACUCAGUGCACCACUUUGCCAGGUGACGCCCGUAUUGGAUCUAUCCGCGUGUCGUUGGAGGAGUCUUGCAUUCUGUAUCCGUAUGGUGGUGCUCCAACUAACAGAAUCAGAAAUAACUACUGUCAAGGCGAUGUUAUACAGGAAGUCGAUGACAAUGUGGCUCAAUUCCCGGACUCUGAAACCUGGAUUGGUGCUCUCUGUUCUCCCGACGCUUCGGCUGACGGUGAUGAUGAUUUUUGA